GGGGCCAGGACCCCAGCGUGGACACGCCUUAGUCGGAGACAGCUUAGUUGCUCGGUUGCUAGGACACCACUAAGGAAGGAGGCCUGCAGUCCCUCAGGGAAGGAGCGGAUGGCCGGGGCCAAAGGGGUCCAGAAGGAACCUCUGGACCAAGUGAGUCAGAACAAGAUCUUCUGCGAGACCAUUCGAAAAGAACUUAAAUGCCAGAGGCUGCAAACCGAGUAUGUCAUGAACCCGCGCAUACGGGUUUACACCACAACUGGAAAGCCUACGUCUUGGCAUGAUAAUUUAGAGGAGCCUGCAGAUGCUGGAUUUCUGAAGCUUAUUCAUCAUGCUGCACUUGAACCUAAUAAGAAAUACAGGGAACCACAAUCCGAAAGCCAGGAAAUUGGCUGGUUUUCCAACCCUUUGGUCAGCGUCAACCGCAAUGACAGCAGGCUGCACUUCCCAAGUCGGACCACUGAAAUCAGCAGAUAUAUGGCUGAAAUGUGGCGUCUGAAGGAAAUGUCAAAAAAUAAGUGAUAGAACAAGAACAUUUGCACUUAGCCAGGAAGACAUCAAUUUAGAAUUUCUGACUGUAUGAAUCCUACAUCUUAAUUGUAGCAAUAUAGAAAUAAAUUACAGGCAAGGAAGAUUGUUCACUGUUCUUAAUAUUCCAAUAAACCUGUUCCCAACCA